AUGUCAGGGGACGGCAAGACUGAAGCCAUGGAUCUGGAUCCAAAGGGACAUGCCGACGAUCAGACGCUACCCAAGGAUGGAUUCGAGGCAUUGACCCAAGAAUACUAUGCAGGAAAGCAUAUCAGCGAACCUGUCAAAGAGAUCAAGGACAAGUGGAAGCUCCUGCCAGCAUUUCUCAAAGUCAAGGGUCUAGUGAAGCAGCAUAUUGAUUCGUACAACUACUUUGUCAAUGUCGAUCUGCGCAAGAUUAUCAAAGCCAACGAGAAGGUCACCUCGGACGUCGAUCCCAACUUUUAUCUCAAAUACACGAGCAUUCGCGUUGGUAUGCCCGAACGCCUUGACGCCGACGUUGCCAACCGUAGCUAUACACCACACGAGUGCCGACUGCGCGAUCUCACCUAUGCCGCCAAUAUCUACGUCGACGUCGAAUACACGCGUGGAAAGCAAAUCGUCAAACGCAAAAACGUCAACAUUGGUCGUUUACCGGUGAUGUUGCGUUCAUCCAACUGUGUCCUUACAGGCCGCAACGAAGCAGAAUUGGCUCGGAUGAAAGAGUGUCCUCUUGAUCCUGGUGGUUAUUUUGUGGUCAAAGGCACUGAGAAAGUCAUUUUGGUACAAGAACAAUUGUCAAAGAAUCGUAUCAUUGUGGAAGUUGAUAAAAAGGGCAAUGUGGUUGCAAAUGUACAAAGUUCCACCCAUGAGCGUAAAUCCAAGACUGCCAUCUUUGUCAAGAACAACAAGAUCUACUUGAAGCACAAUUCGAUUGCAGAGGAUAUUCCAGUCGUCAUCUUUAUGAAGGCGUUGGGUAUUCAAUCGGAUCAAGAAAUUGUCCAAAUGGUGUGUGGCAAUGAUCACAAUUUGAACGACGCCUUCUCUAUCAACAUUGAAGAAGCUUCCAAGAUGCGCAUUUUCACUCAAUUACAAGCAUUGGAAUACAUUGGUGGAAAGGUCAAGGUGAACAGAAAGAUGACGGCUGUGCGCAAAACCUUGGCUGAGGAAGCAUUGGAAGUCAUGGCUACCGUUAUUCUCUCCCAUAUCCCUGUUGAAAAUCUCAACUUUCGAGAAAAGAGCAUCUAUGCUGCAGUCAUGAUUCGUCGUGUCCUUAUUGCCAUGGGUGAUGAAGUCAGCGUGGAUGAUCGUGAUUACGUCGGUAACAAGCGUUUGGAAUUGGCUGGUCAGCUGUUGUCGCUUCUUUUUGAAGAUUUGUUCAAGAAAUUCAACUCGGAUUUGAAGCUUGCUGCCGACAAGGUGUUGAAGAAGCAAAAUCGUACACAAGAAUUCGACAUCUUCAAUCAGCUUAUUCUGCACGGUGAUCACAUCACAGGCGGUUUUGUGAGAGCCAUUUCCACUGGCAAUUGGGUGUUGAAGCGUUUCAAAAUGGAUCGUGCUGGUAUCACUCAAGUCCUUUCACGUCUUUCAUACAUUUCGGCUCUUGGUAUGAUGACGAGAAUUUCAUCCCAAUUCGAAAAGACGCGCAAAGUAUCUGGUCCUCGUUCACUUCAGCCAUCUCAAUGGGGUAUGCUUUGUCCAUCCGAUACACCUGAAGGUGAAGCUUGUGGUCUAGUCAAGAAUUUGGCGCUCAUGACGCAUAUUACGACCGAUGACGAGGAAGAACCUAUUCGAAAGAUUGCGUAUACUCUUGGUGUACAAGAUGUGAAUCUCUUGACUGGUGUUGAAUUGUAUCAGCCCAACACAUAUUUGGUGUUGCUCAAUGGUGUCAUUUUGGGUGUCACUCGUCGUACGCAAAAGUUUGUGGCAGAUUUCCGCCGUCUUCGUCGAGCAGGUCGUAUCUCUGAAUUCGUCACAGUCUUUGUCAACACCCAUCAACGCACAGUCAACUUGUCAUCCGAUGGUGGCCGUAUUUGUCGUCCAUUGAUUAUCGUUGAAAAAGGAAAACCUAGAGUCACUCAGGAACACAUCAAUGAUUUGAUUGCUGAGAAAUUGACAUUCGAUGAUUUCCUCAAGAAGGGUCUUGUUGAAUACCUUGAUGUGAACGAAGAAAGUGACGCCAAUAUUGCAUGCUACGAACGCGACAUCAUUCCCCAAACGACCACUCAUCUCGAAAUCGAGCCUUUUACCAUCUUGGGUGCUGUAGCAGGUCUCAUUCCAUACCCACAUCACAACCAGUCGCCUCGUAACACUUAUCAAUGUGCUAUGGGUAAACAAGCUAUUGGUGCUAUUGGCUACAACCAAUUGAAUCGUAUCGAAACCCUCAUUUACUUGAUGGUGUAUCCUCAACAACCCAUGGUCAAGAGUAAAACUAUCGAGUUGAUCGGUUAUGAUAAGCUACCUGCUGGUCAAAAUGCUACUGUCGCUGUCAUGAGUUACUCUGGUUAUGAUAUUGAAGAUGCGCUCGUCGUGAAUAAGUCUGGUCUUGAUCGAGGUUUUGGUCGUUGUCAGACAAUGCGUAAAUACGCAACCAUGGUUAAGAGAUAUCCCAAUGGAACGCACGAUCGCCUUGCAGAUCCACCUGCUGAAGACUCUGACUUUUGGCAUGAAUCUUUCGAAGCUCUGGAAGCUGAUGGUAUUGCUGGUGUUGGCGAACCUAUCAAGGAUGGCACAGUCUACAUCAAUAAGCAAGUGCCUACAAGCACUAGUGUUGAACCAAGCGUGUCUGGUGGUGCACAAGCAGUUGCAUACAAGGCUGCUCCUCUUCGAUACAAGUCACCGCAAACCGGCUAUGUCGACAAGGUGUUGUUUACUACCACUGAAAGUGAUCAAACACUUAUCAAGGUCAAUGUGCGGCAAACGCGACGUCCUGAAUUGGGUGACAAGUUUUCUUCACGUCACGGACAAAAGGGUGUGUGUGGUAUCAUUGUUCAACAAGAAGAUAUGCCCUUCUCGGAUCAAGGCAUUUCCCCUGAUAUUAUUAUGAACCCCCACGGUUUCCCAUCUCGUAUGACAGUCGGCAAAAUGAUUGAAUUGCUUGCUGGUAAAGCAGGUGUCAUGGCGGGUCAACUACAAUAUGGCACAGCAUUUGGUGGAAGCAAAGUCGAGGACAUGAGCAAGAUUUUGAUUGAGAAGGGCUUUAAUUACUCUGGCAAGGAUUAUCUCAAUUCAGGUAUCACUGGUGAACCGCUUUCGGCAUACAUUUUCUUUGGACCGAUUUACUACCAAAAACUUAAACACAUGGUCAUGGAUAAGAUGCACGCACGUGCACGUGGUCCUCGUGCAACCUUGACGCGGCAGCCAACCGAGGGUCGAUCUCGCGAUGGUGGUUUGCGUUUGGGUGAAAUGGAGCGUGAUUGUUUGAUCGGUUAUGGUGCCAGUAUGUUGCUACUUGAGCGGUUGAUGAUCUCGUCGGACAUUUUCGAAAUCCAAGUGUGUGAUGAGUGUGGUCUCAUUGGUUAUGCAGCAUGGUGUCAAUACUGCAAGAGUAGUAAACACAUUCGAUCUAUGCAAAUACCGUAUGCAGCCAAGUUACUCUUCCAGGAGCUCAUGGCCAUGAAUAUCGCACCAAGAAUGAUGCUGGAAGAUGCAUUGUAA